GUAGUGCAUAGCAUGGAGGCAUGAUCGAGGCGAACAACACAGAAGUGCCUGGUGAAUACGCAAGAUCGUGAAGAUCUUCCUUCCGGCGUGAGGAGCUUCUUCCAGUUGCUUCUUCCCAAGUUGAUCUCUCCCCGGAAUUCCCGUAUUUCACAAUUUGUUGGUCGAUGUGAAAUUGAUUAUCAAUCUGUUGUUGCACGUGGCACAUCUGUUGUAACACCAAUCGUGUGAAUUGUUGUUUGAUUUUGCAAGUGAAGGUUGUCAAGAAUCGAUUCAAUAGUGAACGUUAACUGUGUGUUUUCGUGUGUGCUCGUGCGUUGACAAUUCCGUAUACAAAAUUGAUUCUGACAGUCUUACGUUUACUGAUGUUUAAAGCCGUGAAAACUUCAGAGGAGCAAAUUAUUGUUCGUUCGGGCAUUGGAUCAACUGGCAUCGAUCACUGUUUCUCAUUGAAUGUCGUUCCACGAACAAUUUGGAAUGGAUGACAUCGGUGACCGGUAGUAGUGAGAUCGAUUUCACGAUCGAUACACGGAUAUUGGUUUGUUUCAAAAUGCACUGAUCGCGUAAAUCAACGUUUCACAGUUUUUUGACCACGAAAGCGUGCUGUAACAUCGACAAUAACACAAAAAACUGUCGCCAUAAAAGACGAAGCGUAAAUCGAAGAAUUUUUCACAUUUUUUUAUUCCCUCCAAGUGCCUUUUAUCUAGUGAGAUUUUUCGCCUCGUCACAAUGUUGUUGUUCUGUAAAUAAGAUUUAAAGGUUGAACGUGUUGUGUGUGAAAUUGUUUGAGAAAUUUUACUUUUGUGACCGGCAAAAUUAAUUGAAUUAAAAAUCACCACGGAAGUUGCUCCAUUCUUUGAUGUGUAUAAUAGUUUCCGAGGAGUCGACGACCGUCGCGGAGAAGAAUAGACGGUGACCUCAUGCUUUACUUAAGCCGUGUCGACCGGCAGCGAGACAAUUAGAUCUCGGUUCGGGUCAUCAGCUUCAUGGUUUGGAACAACAUCGUGGAGUUUCAAUGAUAGUUCACGCAUUCCACAAAGUCUCCCGCUAACAAGAAAUCUGUUGAAAACAAGAGAGAAACAAUGGCGACCAUGGGGGUAACGAUGUUCUGCAACAGGGUGCAGAUAAACGGCAACGAUCAGGAGCAACUGAUGUUGCUGCGAACGUUGCAAGAUAACGAGAACAACAUUAUCGGCAAUCAGCCGCUGAUAGUUCCGAAAAACGGCGGCGGCCCCAACAACGCAACGAAUUCCGCGACAGUGUUACCCCCUUACGAUCCGUCUCGAUUGAAGAAACACGGCAAAAACGGACAACCGCCGCCCGUCGCCGUUGCACGGAGAAACGCCAGAGAGAGGAACCGUGUGAAACAAGUGAACAACGGUUUCGCCACAUUAAGACAGCACAUUCCGAGCCACAUAGCCGCGGGUUACGGCGACAGGGGCAAGAAGCUGUCAAAGGUGGAGACUCUCCGAAUGGCUGUGGAAUACAUUAGAGGCCUACAGAGGCUCCUGGCCGAGGCGGACGGCGUUGAAUACGAAUCCAAGACCACUGUAGGCGCGCAAUGCGCUCCUUCCCCAACCGGUAGCAUCGUCUCUUCGAGUCACAACGGCUCCGGCGAGAGACUCGUUCUUGAGGACGACGUGCUCGCCACGGAAGAUGAGGAAAGAGAACAACUGGACGAAGAAGAGGACGGGAGUAAAAAAUCGAAGAUCAUCACAUUGGCCAGAUUAUCUCCUAAUCGAACGGCUAUUUCUUCACCACGCGACUAUUAUGCAUCGUCGGCGGGCGACGAGGAGAAUCUGGAGCCGCGAACAAUAGUUGGCGGACAGAACUUUUCGAGACUGUCGCCGAAUUCGGUGGCCUCGCCGCCGUCGGAGUAUUACGCUCAAAACGAAGAGAAUCUGGAGCCGCAAAUUUUGUCACCCUACAGCGGCGCCGGGGACAGCGAAGAGGGCACGGCGACCGUCUACGCGACUAGUCCGGAGACCUUCUCCGGGGCCCUUUAUUACAAGCAAGAGAUCACCGAGACGGGGGAAUUCAUGGAUGUCGUCAGCUGGUGGGAACAGGAACAGGGCAGACUUGUUCAUCAGCAACACACGCAACGGCUGACGCACGUGUAAACCGUAGUUACAGGCUCCAAUAAGGAAUGAUCGGUGCAUUCGAGGUCCACUUUUACCGCCUUAAUAAUCAAGAUUUAAGAUUUAAUACGUCUUACAAUGAAAUUUCGUAUGAUCUCACUAUAAACCUGGACGAGAAUCUACUUACGAAACCACACGUACAAAUAUACGAGAGAAAUAUAUAUGUAUAUAUUUUUUGUGAUUAGUAGCAAAAAUUGUACUUACUGUUACAAGUAUUUUACUGCCAAACUCUUAUUGUGUUUUACAAAUCAUUCGCGUAACGUAGAUAAAACGUCACGGAUACAUAUUGUAUCUUUAUUUAAAAUAAACAAUUUACAUGUAAUAUGUAUAUUUAUCUAAAAUAAGUAAACUCUCUUAAUUUAAUUGUAAUUACGUGUGACAGAGAAAUUUUCAUAUCACUAAGCAUGUCGUUUUCUGAGGAAUUUCAUGCAAACUUCCACUGUAAUUAUAAUUAUUCUUCUUCGCGAACUAUUAGAAAGACAUAUAUUUUACAUAUAUAUAAUAUAUAAUUCUUCUCUGCAAUGACAUUUUGCGCUUCCAGAUAAAAAAUAUUUAUUUGUAUUUGGCUAUUUAUAUACUUUGCACCAAGUACAAUUAACUUAGUUAUAUAAAUUUGAAUAUACUUACACAAUCGUUUUUUAUGCAAAAAUCAAAAAAUAACGAUGAGUCUACAUCUACCAACAUAACGUGCUGUAAAACAGAAGAUAUUCUUGUUGUACAGAUAUAUCAUUGAAUGUUGAUACGCUAUUGCAUUAAAUUUUUGCAUGUUCGUUCUGUGAAAAAAAUGUGACAUUCUUAUUUAAAGACAAAAUGUU